AUGAAAGAUAGGACGCUGACAGCGUCUCAGCCACUGGAUACUUUUUUAUUAUCCGAGCGCAACGUACAGCUGCUCCGCCGUGGAAGUCUUGUUUUUGCCAAGAGCCCGUCAGAAGUGAAGGUCUCUCGUCUGCAGAGCGGAUCGCACGCGCGAAGGCGCAUGCUCAUGUCUCCAGCAUGCCUUUCCUCCACUUCGUCCUCCGCGACAAACUUGUUCGAAUCGCAGCUGCACUCCUCAGCGUGUGGUUCCGACGAAAUGCCCAGCAGCGGUUCGUUGAAGUCGAGCGUGGCAGCGUCGGACGAAGAACCGGUGCACCACCGCGGCUCUUUUCGCGUUUGCUCGCCGCAUCUUGUCAAAGAACCAUCUGUUAGGCACCGGAGCCUAAGCCCCAUGCCUCUGUUCAACAAUGCCGAGGAGUCCGAAGUCACAGAAGAGAGUGAAAAUGAGUCGGGCUACUUGGAUCCGUGCAUGGUAUGGGCGAACGAAAGUGUCAAGGAGAAUGGUGCUGCUGAGGAUGCCGCCGACGUGCGUGCCGUGAUGGAUGCGCCCAUGCCUGUCCGCCAUCGCUGCUCUUCAGGUGGAACACGUCGCCACACAAUCCUGCAUUCGCUUAUGGCAACGGAACCGGAUAAGUGCACUGCCAUGGACCUUGCACACGCGACCGGGACCGAUGAGCUGAUUCUGGCCGCAGAGAUGCUUCUGAUGAACCAAUCACCAGAUACCCACGACACAGAUGGUUUGAAGCCUGAUUCAGACGAUGGCAGAAGUGACGAGGAUACAGACACUUUGCUGUAUUCUGUCUGCAACGUGAAAGACGGUCCCAGUCCGCCACGGAGCCUCGCGUUCCGCAGAGAGUGCCGCACGCUGUCGUACACGAAGGGCAACAUGCUGCAUUCAUUUGCCGCCCGUCAGCGCGCGCAAGAUGGUACGGCGCACAGAUCGGCGCACGAUCCCUCUGCUUCACGCGCAUCCAACUAG